AUGUCCAGACGCAGCCAGCGCCUCGGGGCCACCCGCUAUUACCAGGGUGAUGAUGAUGGCAGCAGCAGUGGUGGCAGUUUGCUACUGGGUGGCCAGGAGCCCCCCUUUAGGGACAGUCCUAACAGGACCCUACGGAGGAAAUCGAGCAGCAUGAAGCGCCUCUCUCCAGCCCCCCACCUGGGACCUACCCCUGCCACCCAGACCUCCUACUACAGCGAGUCUGUGAUCAGUGAGUCCUACCUGGGCAGCAGCAGGGGACUUGCUGGUGGGGGCAGCGCUGCCUUUGAUGACCCACAGGACAGUGACUCCUACUGGGGUGGGGAGCUCUCCGCGAGGAGGAGGAGAAGAGGCACAGGAGGUACGGAGUCCAGUAAAAUCAAUGGGCUGGCAGAGAGCAAGACUUAUGACACCUAUGCCUCUUCAUCUGGCUACUCCUCUGAGGAUGACUAUGCAGGUCGCACUUCCUUGGACCAGAACAGCACUGGUUCUGGGUUCAGAAAUGCCAUCUCACGAGCAGGCUCUUUUCUCUGGCUGGUGGUCACUUCUCCAGGCCGGAUCUUUGGACUGUUGUACUGGUGGAUUGGAACCACAUGGUACCGCCUCACCACCGCAGCCUCUUUGCUGGACGUCUUUGUCUUAACAAGGCGCUAUUCAGCUCUGAAGAAACUCCUUCUGCUCCUCCUGCUGCUGCUGCUCCUGGCUUCCAUUGCUUAUGGUGCUUGGUAUUUCUACCCCUUUGGAUUCCCGAUGCUCUACCCUGCCAUGUUUUCUUGGGGAGCAGCAAAGCUUUCGCCCCCUGUUGCUGGGGAAGAGGAGGUGCUUAGAGCCGGGGAUUCGUCUGCGUUAUUUCGGGCAGAGCAGCAAAUCCUGUCUCGGUUUCAAAGUCUGGAGAAACGCUUCCAGACCCUAGAGGCGGAGGCAUCCCGGCUGGAGAAGCUGGAGCUCCAGAGAGGGGUGGCGGCCGGGGGAGGCCUGACACACGAGGCCACCCUGACGCUCCUGGAGGGGCUGGUGAGCCGUCGAGAGGCUGCGCUGAAGGAGGACUUGGCCUUGCACGUCCAGAGCGAGCUAGAUACCAUCCAAGGCCAGCUGCAGAAGGAUUUAAACGGGCGCCUGGAGAAGAUUACUCAGGCAUCUCAGGAGGUGGAGGCCCGGAUGCUCCAGCUGAAUUCAGAAUGGCAAAGCUCGACACAAGAGGGCCUGCAGGGGAGCUUCCGGCAGGAGAUGGGCAGGCUGGAGGCGCAGCUAACAGGCCUGAGGAAGGAGCUCGCACUCCUGGCGUCUGACCAACAGGCGGUGGUGAAGCACGUGGAGUCACUCCCGGGACAAAUCAAGGGAGUGCGGGAGGACGUGGAAGCGCAGUUCCCCCGGUGGAUCAGCCAGUUCCUGUCGCAGCCCGGGGAGGAUGGAGUGGGCAGCCUGGUUCUCCAGCGUGAGGAGCUACAGGAUCAGCUCCGGAAGCUGGAGCGCAAAAUCCUCGCCAGAGUCUCUGAGGACCAAAGGGUGUCUGCGCGGGAUGCCACGGCUAGCAUUGGGGUAGCGCUGCAGCAGGAGGGAGUCACAGGUGUGACCGAAGAGCAAGUGCACCUCAUUGUGAACCGAGCCCUGAAGCGCUACAGCGAGGAUCGUACUGGAAUGGUUGAUUAUGCCCUUGAAUCAGGGGGGGCCAGUGUUAUUAGCACCCGGUGCUCAGAAACCUACGAGACAAAGACGGCACUGCUGAGUCUGUUUGGGAUCCCCCUGUGGUACCAUUCUCAGUCUCCACGGGUUAUCCUGCAGCCGGACGUUAACCCUGGGAAUUGCUGGGCUUUCCGUGGAUCUCAGGGCUUUGCUGUUAUCCGUCUGUCCAGCCACAUUCACCCCACUGCUGUGACUCUGGAGCAUGUCCCAAAAGCCCUCUCGCCCCUGGACACCAUCCCCAGUGCACCCAAGGACUUUGCCAUCUUUGGUCUGGACGAAGAAGGACAGCAAGAGGGCAUUGUUCUCGGACAGUUCACCUACGACCAGGAUGGGGAUCCCAUCCAGACGUUCCGCUUGGAGGGUGAAGAUGUGGGCACGUUCCAGGUGGUGGAGCUACGGAUUCUGAGCAACUGGGGUCACCCGGAGUACACCUGCAUCUAUCGCUUCCGUGUGCACGGGGAGCCGGUCCACUAACCCCUCCCUGGCUCUCCCCUGCCCCUAGCUGGCUACCUCAGGUUCUGUGCCGGCCGCAAGCGACAACCAUGGCAGAGAGAGGUUGUCUCCAGAGAGAAUGGCAAGCCGG